UGGCCUACAUGGGACAGUUUUGGUCCUUAUGUUUGCACAGCAGCUCCCGCUCUGCCCCACAUUGACGCACAGCUCGCCUGUCUCUGCGUAAAAAUCGCUGCUCAUCGCUCGGAAAUGUAGUUCUUUUGCGCACAAAGCGGUCUUCAAAAUGGACCUUAAAUCCGAACUCCUGAAGUCUAUUUGGUAUGCUUUUACUUCGCUGGACGUGGAGAAGUGUGGGAAAGUGUCCAAAUCGCAGUUAAAGGUGCUUUCUCACAAUCUAUACACGGUGCUCAACAUCCCACAUGAUCCAGUCGCUCUGGAGCAGCACUUCCAGGAUGAUGAUGAUGGCCCGGUGUCUAACCAUGGCUACAUGCCCUACCUCAACAAAUACAUACUGGAUAAGGUGAAAGAGGGCAUGUUUGACAAAGAGAAAUUUGAUGACCUGUGCUGGAUGAUGACCACGGCGAAGAACUUCAAGGGGAUGCCGCAGGGAGCGCUGCUAUCGAAGAGAGACUGCUUCAAGCUUUUCUGCUUAUUCAACCUUUUGUCUGAAGACCGCUAUCCACUGGUGAUGAUCAUAGAAGAGGUGGAGUACCUCCUCAAGAAAAUCUCAACAGCAAUGAACCAGGACUGGGAUGGGAAGUCCAUAGAGGACCUGAUAGCACAGGAUGUCACCGUGCACGAGGAGGGCAUGUCUGUGUGGACCUUCCUGGAGCACAUGAGUAUGGGCCGGCUGCUGAGAGUCACCAGCGCCGUGUCUUUUGGCAUGGCUUUAGACGAGGUGUUCCUGGAGAUGUAUCACAAUGUCCUCAAGAGGGGCUACAUGUGGAAAAAGGGGCACGUACGUCGAAACUGGACUGAGCGCUGGUUUGUGCUGAAGCCCUCCUCCAUGGCUUACUACGUCAGCGAGGACUUAAAAGACAAGCGAGGGGAGAUCCAGCUGGAUAAGAGCUGUGUGGUAGAGGCCAUUCCAGACAGGGAGGGGAAGCGCUGUCUGUUCUGUGUGAAAACACACAAUAGAACCUACGAGAUGAGCGCCUCUGACCAGAGGCAGAAAGUGGAGUGGACUCAAGCCAUUCAAACAGCCCUCCGUCUCCAGAGUGAGAGAAAGUCCUCCCUUCAUCACGAACUCAAACUAAAGAGACGGGUUCAGAGGGAACACAGCCACCGUGAGCGUAGCCGGAGCGCCCGCAGCAGCUGCAGUAGCAGGAGCAGCCAAUCCGAUGACUCAAGCCUUGUUGAGCUAGAGAAGAUGGAGAGAGAAAAACAGGAUUUAGAAAUAGAAAGCAUCAUUCAGCAUGCCCGAGAGCUGGAAAUUCGCCGAAGGGAGGCUGACGAGAGUGAGAGGAGGAAACAGAAGGAGGUGCAGAUGGAGCUUGAGAGACAGUUGAAAGAGGCUGAAAUGUUGAGAGACAGCUUGCAGGCCGAGAUGCAGGAGAAGGAAAAGAUGGCUGAGAAGCAGAAGAAAAAGAUCCAGGAGCUGGAGGUGACACAGCAGAAACUGGAGGCUGCUCUUGAAAUGGAGAUUCAGGCUCGGCUGGAGGAGGAAAGGGCCAGGCAGGAAGUAGAGAGGUUGCUGCAGGCUGAAGAGGAGAAGAAGCAGCAGUUUCGGCUCCUUCAGGAGCGGCAGAGGGCCUCGCAGAAUUUCUCAAAUGGCAGCGCAGUUGAGGACACACCCUCGGCCCUCCACUCAGCCUCCCAGGAGCUCCAGCAUUUGCAGGCAUCUCGCCAAAGAAGCCACCAGCACCUUGAGGAGAUGCAGGAGAGACUCAGGAAUGCCAGCCAGUACGUACGGCACUGGAACGUCCAGCUGAACCGGCUGAUGACCCCCAUUAAUCCUGGAGAGUGUUUGGAAAGUCGCCUGAUGUCAAAACAGAUGUGUCCAAAAAAGGAGGGAGCUCUGGCCAGCAACGAGUUCAUCUCUAAAUAUAAGAUAAAAGACAGUCAGAACAGCCAUGGUGGGGGAGACAAGUGUAAGAAACAGAAGGAGCAGAUAGAGACUACCACCCUGUCAGACGAAUCAGAUGAGUCACAGGGAAAACCCAACGGGCGGAUGUGAUCACCACUGUGACAGUUAAAUGUAUGAAAGGAAUCAAAUUAUCACAUAACUUUUUGUGUGAGAAUGGAAGAAAAAUAACAUUCACAUUAUUAUUAUUGAUAUAUUUAUAUUUCGAACAGAAUCCUAAGAUGGAGAGUGGUGAUGAAAAUAACAAGAUAGAGGAUUGAACGAAAAUGCAUCUAAGACCCACUGAGAUUUACAGUUUUGUACAAUAAAGUGACAAUAGCUGAUUUAAGGAUUCCUUUAGUAAUCUCUCAGCUGUUGUGUGAUGAUAAAGCAACAAGAAAUAACAUGAUGGAUGUGGAAAGUAAAACAUUGGUGAAACAAUAAAAAAAUGUAAACAUUCUUUUAAAUUUUGCAUGCAGAGUCUUUCUUUUCAAUGCAAAAUAAUGUGUAUUAGAGCCACCUAGUUUAAACCUUUACUAAUAGUAAUGUAUAAUCUUCUGAUGUUAUUUGUUUCUGACAUUUUAAGACGAAAUUAUGUUUGACCCAUCAAAGAUCACUGACAAACGUACUGGACUGUCAUGAAAUAUGCUGAAUACUUUAUAAAGUCUUCAACGAAUUUAUUCAUAUUUAA